UCCUUGUUCAAGCGAGCGCGCGGGAAUAGCGGGUGGCGUCGCGUGGAGAGAAAUCCGCGGUUGGCUUUUGUCGGCGGGGAUACUUUGUAUAAAUACGACUGCUUGAAGUGGACGAAUGAAUUCAAGGGUGAAGCAGAAAGCUGAAGCAGACAAAUCUUUGACUGCAAAGGCUUCUGCAGGUAGUUCAAAUGGCCCAUUCCAGAGACAGACCCUUAAGAUGAUACAGCCGUCUAUUACAGGGUGUCUUGUUGGCAGGACAAAUAAGGUUCAGUCAUCAAUCAAGGGGAAACUCUGGAGUGAGCAGUCUAUCCCAAACGUGUCCAAAUCUGCUUCUGCAACAUCAGAACACAGAAACACAAAAGGUGUCAUCCAAGCUUCUGACCUCAUGGUAAAAGGCAAUCCUUCGUCUGUGUAUUGGAAAGAGUUGGCUGAAGAGAGGAGGAAAGCUCUAUACGAGGUGUUGCAAGAGAAUGAAAGGCUGCACAAAGAAAUUGAACUCAAAGAUGCUGAAAUUGCUUGUCUAAAGAAAGAGAAUGAAGAGCUUGCAGAGCUGGCAGGCCAUGUGCAAUAUAUGGCAAACAUAAUUGAGCAACUAACUGAACAGGCACCAGAAAGCUUUGAGACGCUGAAAACUCUAGACCCAGAGGAAACUGUACAUGAAAAUCCUCCUGCAGAAGAGAAUUUGGAUGGUGACUCUGGACAGGAAUGCUCACAGAUCUGUUCUACAGAGAACAUUACAGAUCUACGUACAUGUGAAACCAGUAAUCCUUAACACUGAGGCUGCUUGUAUCCUAUCAGUGCUUUAAGGGGUGAAUAAACUGCCAGAGAUGACUUGGGUAGGGCAGGAAUGAAAUCCUCUGAAAACUGAUAAUUUAAGAUCUAAAAUGUAAAUUGUGGCAAGUAAUUUGUACCAGUGCUAGUAACUGUAUCCUGUCUGAAUUGUUAACUGCAUCUGGCUGCUUGUGUAAGAUGGAAAUACUAUGUAUUUCACCAUGUAAAUAGUUUUUAUCCAUGUAUUAAUACAUUUCCUUUAACUGCCAAAUAAACUUAAUUG